AUAAUCCAGCAGGCUGGCCAGGUUUGGUUCCCAGACUCUGCAUUUAAGACUUAUCAGGCUAUCAAGGACUUCAACCGUGAAGGGCUACCUCUGAUGGUCUUUGCCAACUGGAGAGGCUUCUCUGGUGGGAUGAAAGAUAUGUAUGACCAAGUGCUGAAAUUUGGUGCUUACAUCAUAGAUGGCUUACGGGAGUGCUCCCAGCCUGUGAUGGUUUACAUUCCUCCCCAGGCUGAGCUGCGGGGUGGCUCAUGGGUUGUGAUUGACCCCACCAUCAAUCCCCGGCACAUGGAGAUGUAUGCUGAUCGAGAAAGCAGGGGAUCAGUUCUGGAGCCAGAAGGGACAGUAGAAAUCAAGUUCCGCAAAAAAGAUCUAGUGAAAACCAUGCGCCGGGUGGACCCAGUCUACAUCCGCCUGGCUGAGCGAUUGGGCACCCCAGAGCUAAGCCCAGCUGAGCGGAAGGAACUGGAGAACAAGAUGAAGGAGCGGGAGGAAUUCCUAAUUCCCAUUUACCAUCAGGUAGCCGUGCAGUUUGCUGACUUGCAUGACACACCAGGCCGGAUGCAAGAGAAGGGUGUUAUUAAUGACAUCCUGGAUUGGAAAACAUCACGUACCUUCUUCUACUGGCGGCUGAGGCGCCUCCUGCUAGAGGAUCUGGUUAAGAAGAAAAUCCACAAUGCCAACCCCGAGCUGACUGAUGGCCAGAUCCAGGCCAUGUUAAGGCGCUGGUUUGUGGAAGUAGAAGGAACAGUAAAGGCUUAUGUUUGGGACAAUAAUAAGGAUCUGGUGGAGUGGCUGGAGAAACAGUUAACAGAGGAAGAUGGUGUUCGCUCAGUGAUAGAGGAGAACAUUAAAUACAUCAGCAGAGACUAUGUCCUCAAGCAGAUUCGCAGCUUGGUACAGGCCAAUCCAGAGGUUGCCAUGGAUUCCAUUGUCCACAUGACCCAGCACAUCUCACCCACUCAGCGAGCAGAAGUUGUACGAAUCCUCUCCACGAUGGAUUCGCCUUCCACGUAGGAAGAGCUUCCUGCCCAUCCCUGCCCCGUCUCAGGAGAAAAGGGCUAAAGCUGCCUCUUACAACUGAAACCACUGUAAUGAGAAGGCACAGGAGACCCAGCACUGGAGUCAAGAGUGGCAUUUUGCUUCCCCCUGAAUGUUUCAGGUUACGCAUGACAUCCUGGGACAUAGGAUCACAAAGCUCCAGUCACACCUACCCCAUUCAGUAUUUAUUACCCCAGCUGUAAUGACAGUCCUCUCUCCCUGCACACAAAUGAGAAGGCAAUGAAGGGUACAAGCAUGUACCAUGAAGUCUUACUACAUAAAAAACAGGGCUGCCUCUCCUGUCCCGCCAGUCUCUGGGCCCCUCCCCCCACAAGGGACUUAUGAGCAGUUUCCAGGCAUCAGCAGCCCCUCUGCCUCAUGAGCCGCAGCCACAGGCAGCAGAGGAGGGCUGGGGCUGAGGGGAGGAGGAAGCCUCAA